CACCAGUCAUACCUUGCUGCUUCCAGCAUCACCAUUAUCAAACUUGCGGAAUUGAGCAUUGAAAACAAUCAUCGCGGUAUAACAAUCUGCAACAAUCCACUUCUUAACGGCCCAUCAAUCUGACUUCACUAGAGCAUCCGACCACGUGCGGCUUCCGAUAUCAAGACUACUUCAGCUGCACGAUCAAACGCCACAGCAAGCUUUCCAAGAGCCUCCAAGAGCCUCAAGCUUCCCAUUUGCUGUUUUCAAACAGAGCUGCAAGCUACCCUGCUCCAGAUCAAGCUGUCAAGAUGACCCCCACACCAGUGCCCAAGCACCUGAACUUUAUCACAGGCAACAAGAACAAGCUCGCAGAAGUCCAAGCCAUUCUGGAAGGCGUCAUUGAGCUCCAAAACCAGAAUGUCGACCUAGUCGAGAUCCAAGGCACAGUCGAGGAAGUCACAUUAGACAAGGCACGACGAGCCGCGGAAGCAGUUGGAGGUCCCGUGCUAGUGGAAGACACAUGUCUCUGCUUCAAAGCCAUGAACGACCUUCCCGGACCAUACAUCAAAUGGUUCAUGCUCUCCCUCGGCCCCCUCGAGCUGCACAAGAUGCUGUCCGGCUUCGAUGACAAGUCUGCGCAGGCGGUGUGCACAUUCGGUUAUUGCGCGGGACCUGGCCACGACCCGAUCACGUUCCAGGGACGUACGGAUGGCAAGCUGGUGCCGAGUCGAGGGCCUACUGUCUUCGGCUGGGACUCGUGCUUCGAGUACGCGGGAACAGGACAGACGUACGCGGAGAUGGACAAAGCGGAAAAGAACAAGAUCAGCCACCGCGGCAAGGCGCUGGAAAAGCUGAAGGAGUGGCUGGCCGCCAGGACCGACGCCUAGAGAGACCAUCACAGCGAAAAAAAAAAUAGACUCACCUUACAAGCAGCGCAAAG